CUCUGCAGGCGUACGCAAGGGCAAAGACCGUCCGGGAUGACAUUACUGAGAGUUCCUUAAGUAACACGUUGUCUGUCUUUUGCCUCACUUGACAACCAUAACCCCAGCCGACAGCUGCUGAUACCUAACGUCGGUUGAUGCAUUCUUCAUUUUAAACAAAAGACGAUUCCAUUUGUGGCAUCACGGUGCUGAACAGGGUGAUGGUCAACUGGUGACUGGGGUUGACCCCGGCCCCUGUUGUGAAUGGCUGUGAGCAGGGGAAGUGCGGCCUUCUGGGUCAGUUGGAUUCGAGGCCAUGGCAGAAGGCAGCACAUCACAUCAUACACUCUUGGUCAGGCUUUUGACCUGCAAUGGACCAGUUCUAUUCGCAGUGUGAGCAGUGCAUCUUGGGCUCUGGCUCCCCCCAACAGCCUGAGAUACAAGCAGACUAAGCAGUCAAUCCUGUCCUACCCCUUCCACCAUGCCAGUCAACCACAGACCAGUACCGACCAGGAUGAAGAGUGUGAGUCGCCUGACUUGUUUGUGCUGGUGCGACAGGCAGAGUCCAGUGGCCCCCCCACCCUGCUGGAGAUCCCCCUGUUUGAUCACUCGAGGCCUCUUAGUCCUCUGCCCUUUGGGACACAGAGAUCUUUGGAGUUCUCCUUCCCCCUGUCCACAGUGGAAGGUAGCAGAGUGGACGACAUCAGCAUCCAUAGUGACAACAGUCCAGAACGAGAACACGGUUGCUUCAGAAGUCUGUUUGAAGCCGAGCGGUGCCCUGCGCCGUUUAUCCAUGGCUCCCUCUUUUACUGCUUCCACUGUCCUGUCACCGAGCAGUUUGCUGUGGCCGCAGAGAAGUCUCGUUUGGAUACUGGAAUUGAAAAAGAGCAUCUUACAUUUCUGUGCAAUCAAGUUUUUGAGGAGUCGAAUACAGGACACAGUGAAGACGAGGAGAAACUGGCUGUGAUGUAUGAAAGGUUGCAGAUGGAACUUUGUAAUUUCUUCAUCAAAAGCCAUGACUACAGCAUGUACACCAAUGAUAUGGAAUUCAUCAAUGGACUCCUAAACACCAAAACAAAAGGUCGUGUGGCUUACCAGCUUACCCUCACCCUGUGGCGCCUUCUGUGUUUGAUUUACUUCGCUAAUGUUAAAGUGGAGGUACUGAAGCUGACCAAGCACAUGGAGGACAGGUCCAUCAAGGCUCGGUGGAGGAUCAGGGGUCUUCCAUUCCACACACUGAUGCUGCGCUUCUAUCGAAGAGAUAAAUCUCAACUGUAUCGUUCCUAUGAUGCCUUUUCCACAUUUUAUGUGAGGCAAGAUGGACUCAUCCACUGUCACAAAGUAGAAAAGGUGAUGCCUACUCAGCCUCCCGUGUUGCCGAGAGUCACAUCCAUCCUGGCCAGUGCCAUAGUGGCUCUGGGCAUGCACGAUGACCGCCCUGCACUCAACCUCCUGCCACCGCUCCUCUCCUCCAUCAAGCAGCCCAGAAACUGAUCAUGAAUAUUUAAGGAACCAUGCCGUUUUUGAAAAUUCUGUCUUAUCAUAGAGGUGUGAAAAUUUUGACAGCUUUGAAAGGUUAUAUUGUUCAUGUUCUUCCAUUAAAAGAAUGAAUAUGAACACAUUUUUCCAUGUGAAAACAACUGUUUUGACCUUGAAGCCUUCCACAGAGGAGUGGGAGAAAUUCAGAGCGUUGAACAUCGAAAGUUCGUACGAUGUUAGUUAUGUUCUUCACUGAAUAAAGAAUCAGAAGUGAUUAAUGUACACCAAAACAAUGUGGAGUAAAUAUCACGGAUGAAAUCAGUAGAAGAGUCCUGGAUGUGAAGCUGGGACAGAGGUCCAUAGCCCACUCAAGAUAAAAUCCAGGCAAGACGCCCAGGUGCUCUUGGUGUUCGCUGGCGUUGUCCGAGUCAAGACUGAGUCUAACUCAGUGUGUCACUUCAGUCAGAGGAAGUUAGGUUGCUCACCGCUCAUUUACUACUGAAGAGAUGGCUGCUCUGCCUGUCAGGGUGUUCGGGGGGUGAGGAAGAAGGCUCCAACAGCGUGGUCUUGAUCUUUGCUGGCAGUGAUAGAUGACUGUGUAAAAUUA